GUGCAUAGUGUACUUCAUACAGGGCGGCAAGAAGUCGGGAUUCCAGGCAAUUGCAGCAAUGCGUGGAACCUCCUGUGAAAGUGGCACCAGGCAUGACAUCACGCCGUGGAGUCUGCAUGUGUAUCCCCAGGGCUCCAGCAACUCUUGUUCACUUCGAAAAGGCUCCUUCUCCGCUCUCAUCGUUGACACCUUUGACAAGCUCGCUUUUUCGAGCUCCGUUCCCGUUCCGUUCCAGGGGUUGACUCCAUUCGACACACUGGACUUAGUGUAGUCAACAAAACAACUUGAAGAGAACAGACAUGGCUCCUCUUUUCCUUAUCUCUAUGUGGUGUACGCCGGCAGCCGGGAGCUUGAAACAUGACAAGUCGCAAGAAGCCCUGUUCCUGGCACGGCGCCGGCGGGCGAGGCGGAUACUGCCAACGAGACUCGUAUUGCCACCUUUUUCUGUCGUCGAUAUGCUUGAUAAGCAUGGCAGUCACUGCAGAGACAGGCCGUACUUCGUGCUAUUGUACGAGAUGGACUGUGGCCAUGUCGCAAGUCGUCAGCCUAGUAUUGCCGUCGGUACGCCUAUCCUGUCCCCCAGAUAA